AAUUUAUUUACUUUACAUAUUUGCUUAUAAAAAGGAGAAAACAGCUGGGAGCUGUUUGGUUUUGUGUUUUAUUUUCCUUAUUUUUGUAUAAAACUACUACAGUGACGUGAUACGAGAAUAAUUUGUUAAAGUAAUUAUUUUUUGUGCGUGUCCAACAGUUUGGUGAGUCAAGAGCAUAAUUGACCGAAAAGAUUCACGUGAUAUCCUUGAAAGACGAGUCCAUUACUCAUUAAUUAAAUAAAUCUAUCUGUUACUUCCAAGGCUGUACUAAUAAAGCAGUGUUUCGUGAGUUCUGUGACUAUUAUGACAAUUUUUAAUACAUAAUGGGCGAGGAAAAUGAUGGGUACGGCAGGACGGCAAAGAAGAAUGUUUUGUUGAAGAUUGUGAUAUUGGGUGAUGGAGGUGUGGGGAAAUCGUGCUUGAUGAGUAGAUUUAUAUCUAAUCACUUCGAUGACCACAACUUUCAUACUAUAGGCGUGGAGUUUAUGAAUAAGACAUUAGAAGUCAACGGCAAGCAGUAUACAUUACAGAUCUGGGACACAGCAGGUCAAGAGAGGUUUAAAUCUCUAAGGACACCUUUCUACAGAGGGACUGAUAUCUGCAUAUUGGCAUAUGCGAUUGAUGACAGAAGUUCCUUCAACAAUAUCAAAACAUGGUUGAACGAGUUCUUGCACCAUGCUGGAGUGAAGAAUGGAAUUGAGAAGUUUCCUUUUAUUGUUGUUGGGAAUAAGUCAGACGUGUCAUCAAAGGACAGGGAGGUGUCAUACGAGCAAUUGAAACAGUGGUGUGAUGAGAACAAGAUAUCCACUUACUUGGAGACCUCCGCCAAAACUGAUAGCAAUGUUGUUGAAGCCUUCUCACAAGCUGUACAAAGGUGGGUAGACUUAGAACAGAAAGCGGAAAAAGAACUACGUAUGUAUCACCAUCCCGACACAGUGACUCUUCACGGCUCUAGCACAACCUCCAGCUUUAGAGCGACAUGCUGCUCUCGAUUCACGUCGGACACAUAGACUAUCGCAUUGGCAAGCUUUCUCCAGCACCCUAGCAUGCCCGCCAAGAAAUGUUUCAUGCUGGAAUCAAUAAAAAUCUGUUACAUAUCUUUUAUAUAGCGAUUUUACUUUGCUUUUUGGCUUUAGCUUUUAGUAAUGGUAUAGUUCUCGUGCUGGUUAUGCUAGGUCUGUUAGUUUUACAGGGUAAGUUUUUAAUGAGUGUUUAUUAACAAAACUGAUUUAGAGUUUCGGUAGAUAAAUCUGUAAAGCAGUUUUAAUAUUAUGUGUCACUUAUUUCAUAAUAAGACUCACUUACCACCAGGUGAAGGGCUAACUUAUAUCUCAAUAAAAAAAACUACAGAGAAUGUCUCUUUAAAAACUUGCCUUGUAAAUUUUUUAUUUAUAUAAAAUUAAUCUGUCAGAUUUGCGGUCGAAAUAAGUUUUUUCUAAUAGAAACAUACCAUUAAAACGGAAGAAUUUUAAAGUACUUGUACUGUACUUAACAAUGCAUUUUGACUGUUGAAUAAAAACAGAAGGGAUUCAAGAAAAAAUAUAUUAGUCUUAUCGCCACACUACGUGACGAUAAGUAAAAUUGUAUGUAACCACGAAUCGAUAGAUUUAUUGAAUCAUCCGUCCGAUUUAGUCUCGAUAUUUCAUUAAUGAAAUACUUGUAAUUGCUGUAAAUAUAUUUCGCUAUAGUUACUUACUAUUUCUCCCAUUAUGAGUGAUGUAUAAUUAGAUUUUUAUUUAAAAGGAUUCUCUCUUACGUGCGCCCCAUAUACGAAGUUUGAUGAUGCAAUAUUAACUAUACUCCAUCCGCGGGAAGAAGUUUGUAUAGUGCUCUUAAUGCCAUACAAAUGACAAAAGCAAAAAUCUCAGUGGGCGUUAAUCAUUUUGAAUCACCAACCAAUCACAAACAUGUAACAUGUUUUUCAAAUAACAUUCCAAAUUCAAUUAGAAAACAUUUGUGAUUGGUUGAUGUCUCAAAAUGGUUAGCACCCACUGAGAUGAGAGAGAGAGAGAGAGAGAGAUUACGUGACAGAGAGCGCUAUAUUGACUUCUUUCCGUCAAUAGUUUUUAGAUUUUGUGGACAGGUUUAAUAACUAAUAUCUGUGUGUGGUCGUUUCAAAGUUACACGGGCUCAAAUAUUGACGAUUGAAUGGGACGCGCUUGAGAAAAAAUUGAAUUUUGUAGUAAUAUUUGCUAGCCGCAUGUGACGUAGAGUUCUCGUGAUGGUCAUGCUAGGCCUUUAUAAUUGCGAGAGCUUGUCAUUCCUGUAUAUUUUACACUUAUUGUUGACUUUGAAUCUUUAUCUUUUGAAUUAUUUUAUUUAAAUCGCGGAAUUAUGAUUUUGUUGUGUAUUAAAUAAAGUAAAAUUUAUUGAUUAUAUUACCUAUAAGUAUUGACCUAUUUAAUGUGACAUUUUAACAUUGAUUGACAUUUUUUCCCCCUCCUAAAUGUUAUAGUAUUUUAUGCAUAAUAAUUUUGUUAAAUCUUAUUUAUAAUAAUUAUAUUAAUGAUCAUUAUUUUAUUGAAAAAAAAAAAUAUGCAGAACAUUCCCCAACUAUUUUGGAUGUAUUAAAAAUUUAUCAUUACAUUCCAUAUAGUGUGAUUUUUAACUCAGUGGAAUUCUAACAGAUAUCAUUUCAGACAUUGAGUGGGGUAUUUGUAUGAAAAACAAGGUUACCACCAUUUUAAACUAAAUUACUCUAAAUCAUACAACAUAAAAAGCCAUUAUUCAUACCUUAAAUUAGAGAUUUCUUUAAAAGUGUAAAUCCUUGAAAGACUUGUUCAUACUUGGUCUGCCCUGUUGAUUUACGUUCUCCCAUAUUAAUUAUUGCCACUUGAAAUUGAAAUAGUGUUAUAUUAAUUGAUAACAAUUAAUAUAAACUUACACUUUUAUUUUAAUCCUUAUUAAUUUAAUCCAUUUGUGGGAUGUCUUUUAUCUCUGGUAAUAUUAGGUAAGUAAGCGUCAGAAUUCCUCGGAAUUAAAAAUCAGACUAUAAUUUUAUGAGACAUAUCAACAAUUAAAAUAAUAAUCAUUUUUUUUUUAAUUAUUGACUUAAUUGAAUUAAUAUAUAUUCAGUUCAAUGUAAAUUUAUAUUGUAUU